UUGGUUUGAUUGCGGAAGUGAACGAUGCUGUUGUAGCCCAGCGAAGCAAUCAGGUUUUUGGACUGUAAUUUUAGUCGUGUCUAAAGCUAGCUGUAUGUAGGUCUCCAGGGUGGAGAGGCUCCAGGUUUACGACUCGAUUGGUCUUCCAGGUUGAGCUGUCAUGAUGGCGGAUCACACUAACGUGGGUCUGGAGCCGGAGGAGCGAGUCCGGGCUCUGACCAAGAAGGGAAGCUCGGUGGAAGUAAACGACGACGUGCCGCCGCGCCGCUACUUCCGCUCCGGCAUGGAGCUGAUCCGCAUGGCUAGCGUCUACACGGAGGAGGGCAACAUCGAGCACGCCUUCCUCCUUUACAAUAAAUAUAUCACACUCUUCAUAGAAAAACUACCCAAGCAUCGGGAUUACAAGACGGCUAACAUACCUGAGAAGAAGGAUACAUUAAAGAAACUGAAGGAUGUUGCAUUCCCUCAAGCAGAGAUUCUGAAAAAAGCUCUUUUGAGAAGAUUUGAGCAAGAGUAUGCACAGUAUCUUAUCAAAAAGAAAGAAGAGGACGAGGCCAUGGCGAAGGAGCAGUCCAAGCAGCGGGCGCUGGAUGCCGAGCGGGAGCGCGUGGCCGAGAUGCAGCGGCGGCAGCGGGAGCAGGAGCAGUUCAGUGCCUUCGAGGAGAUGAUCCGGCGCCAGGAGCUGGAGAAGGAACGCCAGCGGGUGCUGCAGGAGUUCGCCACGCCGACCGCGCCCUCCGCCGACACGCCUCUCCUCCCGGGCAUCCAGGGCCCCCCGCAGGUCUCCCCCACCCCCCCGCAGAGCCCGGGCGACCUCUCCGGCAGCAACAACCACCAAUAUAACCCCCCUCCCGCCACCAUCGGUACACCUGCCGCCGGCCCGCCCACCUUCGACCGCUCGCUCAAGCCCGGGUCUCUGGUCAGCCCCGGGAACAACAAUACAAUGGUGGAUGCCCUCCGGCAGUUGGCCGUCCCCGCCGAGCUGUGCCGGAGCUUUCUGAAGCUGGCGGAGGCCAACACAAGCCGAGCUGUAGAAACUUGCGGCAUCCUGUGUGGCAAACUGACAAGAAAUGCAUUUACUGUGACCCACGUCAUCGUACCGAAGCAGUGCGGGGGACCGGACUAUUGUGACACAGAAAACGAGGAGGAACUCUUCCUCAUACAGGACCAGUACGAUCUCAUCACUCUUGGCUGGAUACAUACCCACCCGACACAGACGGCCUUCCUCUCCAGCGUGGACCUGCACACACACUGCUCCUACCAGAUCAUGCUGCCUGAGGCCAUCGCUAUCGUCUGCUCACCUAAAUUCAAUGAAAUCGGCUACUUCAGACUGACAGAAAGAGGAACAGAGGAAAUCUCCACAUGUAAACAGAAAGGUUUUCACCCUCACAGCAAAGAUCCUCCUCUAUUUACACACGCGGGACAUGUGUCCAUCACCGAUGACACCGUGUCCAUGUUGGAUUUGCGGUGAUUCUUUCUUUCCCGCCGGAACCCUAAGACUGUUUUAUCAAAUUGCAGAUGUUUUACUGGAGAAAAAAAAACUCAUUUUAUCUUGAAGUUGGUGCUGAGCGAAUGCCGGCCCGGAAGUUUACCAAUCUGUAUGGACAUGAGUUGUUCUCAAAGGGAGCAAAAGCUGCAAAUACUUUUUUUUUUUUUUUCGUUUUUUUGCUCUGUAAGAAAAGAAAAUCCACAUUAUUGCACUUUCCAAGUAAACAACUACUCUCCACUUAAUGGUCCCUAAGUUUUUGUCACCACGUGAUGUCGUUCCUUCCUGUUUCAUGUUUUCCUUUUUUGUCAUUAAUAAAAGUGGAUGUUUGUCUGUGUCUGGAAAUCCAACUGUUGUUUCAUAAAUGUCAUAAAUCAAAGUUUGGUUUUUCGCCUGACGAUAAAGUGCCAAGGAGGAGAACUUUUGAAUUGUUGUUGUGUUGUUCAUUGUUCAACAUGAAGUUCUGUUUAUACUCCUUUCUCCUUCAUAAAAUGUUUAAGUGCUACGAGUGAUGAGAGAAAUAAAAGCCAGUUGUAACUCAGGUAUGCAGGCAGUGUCCUGUGUUGAAUUUUUCUAAACCAUCACUCCGGACUUCUCAUGAUCUAUGAAGGGUUUAGUUUGAAAUAUAAUUCCUGCUCAUGAUGGAUUCCUCUUUUACGUGUUUUUUUUUUUUUACUUCCCUUUUCUUCGUAUUUUGGGGAGGAGGGGGGUCGGUAGUACCUGUGUGGUGUGAAGACGUGGGAAACCUGAAUGUACCUACCUAACCACCGGGCCAAUGCUUCAUGUCUCUAACAGAUAUGUGUUUGCUUCCUUCUCUUUUUACAAGCAGUAAAUGAUUAACCAUAUCAAUGAAUUCAAUGCCAAGACAAAAUAAACGUGUAGAUGAAUUUA